AUGCUGAAUAGUUUGAGUGAAGUUGUAAACGCAGCACAGGGUGGAACGUUAGGUGCUGUUCUAGCGAAAGCGAAUAAACUGGCGGCAGCCUCGUCGACCGAUGCGUCACUGAAUCAGAUCCUGCCACCAUCGCAAGGCAUCGAAAUGCGAUUGAGCAUACAAAAUAGUGAACAAGUGGCAAACCUCUCAAAAGAGAUCUCACACCUGCAACAUUUGCAAGCAACCUACAAUGUUGAUCAUUCAGCGCAAAUCAAGGAUCUCGAAAACAAGAGAGCGCAGAUU